CAUUCAUUAAACUGAGGCUGCCUUGCGAUACCCUUUCUUUUCUUGCGAUUUCUGCUUUGGCUAUUGCAGGAUAUGGGUGUAGCGGGACUUUGGGAGGUUUUGUCGCAUGAGUUGACACGAAUCAUUAAACAUCUAUCUGUUACCCAAGGAUUUGAAGCAAAUGCUGGUGGUCGACGGGGCUUUCGCAUAGGCAUUGAUGCUUCAAUUUGGUUCUUCCAUGCUGCGUACGGUAAAGAAGGAGAGAAUCCGGAAUUGCGCACGCUCUUCUUUCGCUGUUCCAAACUCAUGAGCAUGCCUCUCCUCCCACUCUUUCGCGGGAAGAGAGUAAGCGGCAAUGCGCACUGGCUCACUACUGGAAUGAAAAACAUCAUUGCUGCUUUUGGUUUUGAAUGGAGAACGGCUCCUGGCGAAGCUGAAGCUGAGCUUGCGUACCUGAAUCGCAUCGGAGUCAUCGAUGCUGUCCUCUCCGAUGAUGUGGAUAACUUUCUAUUCGGCGCCACUAUGGUCAUUCCGCAAGUAAAUCCUGUCACCCUGAGCAAAUCCCCCAGCAACACGCUUUCCGGAAACCGCGCGCACCCAGUGAAAAACUCUGACGGACGUGAUGAUGGAAACCACGUCGUGACGUAUCGCGCCGCUGAUAUCCUCUCCCACGACGAUAUCUGUCUCUCGCAAGGAGGCUGUAUCUUAAUUGGCCUCCUCUCUGGCGGAGACUACCAUCAGGCUGGCGUUCAAGGCUGCGGGAAGCUCAUUGCUGCUGGCCUCGCACGUUGUGGAUUCGGAGAUCGACUGCUAAAAGCAGCCAGCUCCCUCAGCCGCGAGGAGCUAGAGAAAUGGCUUGACACGUGGCGUGAUGACGUGCGCGAGGAACUGCGUACGAACAAGAGUGGCCUCAUCGGAUCGAAAAAGCCUGCACUCGCAAAGAAGAUUCCUGAUGGUUUUCCUGAUGUCGAUAUUCUACUAUCCUACACCAAUCCUAUCACAAGCGAGACAGAGGGUAAACCUACGCGAGACAUUACUUGGGAACAAGAGCCCGACAUUGGUAAAAUCGCUGCACUUUGCGAACUGUACUUCGAAUGGGGUGUGAAGGAUGUGAUCAUCAAGCGUUUUCGCACAGUUUUGUGGCCAAGCGCCGUGCAACGUAUCCUGCGGCGUUGGUGCGAUGGAAAAGGACGAGAAGAAGCCAAGACAACAGGCAAACUUGCUCCGGGAACGCCCUCGAAGAUGAUUACAAAGUACUUUUCGUCGAUGAAGCUCCACUCUCCAACCAAAGACGACCGCGAGGAGCAAGAGCAUAAUGAUACUGAAUCCGAAGCAGAAGAAGAUAGGCUGAUUGUCAAGAUUCACUCCUCGCGACGGCACGCGUCUACGGAUGGAAUUCUUGAGUAUCGACUGGAGAUUGCGCCUGUGCAGCUCGUACAGUUGGCUGGGGGCGGUGUCCAAGGAAUUAGGCCCCCAAUCGAAGUAGAUGCUGCUUUCGAUGACACCGAAGGUGACGAUGAGGAUGAGGAUGGCGGAAAGCAAAAGGGCAAGAGCAAGGGAAAGAAACCUCCACCAGACCCUGAGAGCCACCUUCGUGUAUGGAUGCCAGCAUGUAUGGUGCAGAUCGUAGAGCCAGAGCUUGUCGAAGCUUUCGAAGACAUCCAGCGCAGAAAGCUGGAGAAAAAGACCAAGCGAUCGAACAAGACGGAUGGGAAGAAGAAGGCUGCUCUCACUGCGCAGGGAGAUAGCGAUGGAGAUGCCCUCCCUGUUCUAGCCCCUGCAAAGAAGAAACCUACCCGUCCGAAGAAAGCGGUAGCGGGGCGGGAGGACAGCGGGCACGCUCCUCGCUCUCUCCCAAGCAUCAAUGCUUCUGACGAUCCUUUCCUAGAGCCCAAGAAUGCUCAGUCUGAAACUGGUUCUAAGAAACAUACGAAAUCGUCUGACUCAGAUUUCCCACAGUCCCACAUAACCAAGUCUCCAAGAAAAUCUCCGCAGCAAACAUCUCCGCGCUCGUCAGGCUUAAUCAGACCCAUGGGAAAAAAGAAAGAUGUUUCCACCACACAAGACGACAGCGAUAAGGAUGCUCUCCCUCUUCCAUAUCCUCCGAAGAAGACAACAGCCCGUCGAAAGAAAGCAGUUGUGGAACCCGAGGCCACCGCACUUGCUCCUCGUCCUUUCCCGAUGUCAGGUUUCAUCAGUACUCCUGACGAUCCUUUCACAGAGCCCACGAAUCCUAUCCACGCUCAUACAUCCCAGCAGUCCUCACAAACCGGCUCUAAGAAGCAUACCAAAUCGUCCGAUUCCGAAUCCCUCCACCCCCCCGUAACCAAAUCUCCUAGGAAAACGCCGCCGCGGAUAUCCAGCUUGAUCACGCGCCCAAAUUCACCAUCACCUGUGCAGCCGAUUCACAAGCUCGACGAUAUCAUUGAUAUCUCUAGUGAUUCCGAUGUACCAUUACCACCCACAAAACUUUCUGUCAAAGCACCCCUACUGCUUGCCAGAGAGAAAGCCAAGAAGGGGAAUAGUUUAUCUCAUGUCAAAAGCAAACGCCCUGGCCUCGAGUCGACAUCCAGGGGCCAAUCAACGAGAGUAGUUGUGGCAGAGAACGACAUCAUUGAUUUGACUUGCUGAAUCGAUCGUUAUAAGGGUUGGUUGGUUGUACAACAAGCUAGUAUGUGUAGUAGACGGAUCUACGGGAUAUAUACCCUCUGUAUUUUCUGUAUUCGCCAGAUGCUCAUUCUUCACGAGCUUGUCGAUCUUAGCAUGAUUCUUCCAUUGGAGAUACGCCCCGGCUGCUGUAGAACG